AUGAUAAAAUUGUGGCAACGCCAACGAAAUGGCGGUUUUGUCUACAGUAAAUGGGAAGUUACUGCUCUAAUAUUUGGAAUUACAGUAUUCUUUAUCGGAGCGGUCAUGACAGCUAUUGGGUUAAAAAAGAAUGGUGAAGGUCCAGAAUCGCUGGGUCGACCUUGGGUCAUAGGUGGAGUGGCGUGUUGUUUUUGUGCGGUUACUAUACCAGGAUGCGUAUCAGCGUACAAAACCCUUACCAAUUUCCGAAAACGAAUCAUCCAUUCAAAUAAGACCGCAGCAAGUAUAAAGUUCCGAAGCCACCAGCAUCGAUAUAUUCGCUGA